UUUUUCUCGUCUCCUCUUUGUCUCUUCAUUCGUUAUAUGCCGUCGUUAUAUUCCGGCGACAUUCGACAUUCGGCAAUCACUUCAUAGAGUUUUCAUUGUGUGCAUUCAACAUCAGCAGAUAAUUCAAUAUGUUUUCAUUAGCACGUACAGCUUCGAAUGUCGCAAAAACGGCCGUGCGCUGUAAACAUGAUUUGCCUAAAUUGCCAUACGAUUAUGCCGCUUUGGAACCGAUUAUCUGCCGUGAAAUUAUGGAAUUGCACCAUCAGAAGCAUCAUCAAACAUAUGUGAACAAUUUGAACGCUGCUGAAGAGCAAUUAGCUGAAGCACAGCAGAAGAAAGAUGUAACCAAAAUUAUUUCACUUGCACCAGCACUGCGUUUCAAUGGUGGCGGUCACAUAAAUCAUUCGAUUUUCUGGCAUAAUUUGUCACCUGAAAAAUCACAACCUUCCAAUGAUCUUAAAAGCGCUAUCGAAGCACAAUUCGGCAGCUUGGAUGCACUGAAGAAAGAAUUGACAACAUUGACUGUAGCAGUUCAAGGCUCUGGCUGGGGUUGGUUGGGCUACAAUAAGAAAACCAACCAGUUGCAGUUGGCUGCUUUGCCCAAUCAGGAUCCAUUGGAAGGCAGCACUGGUCUAAUUCCACUCUUUGGCAUUGACGUUUGGGAGCAUGCUUACUACUUGCAAUACAAGAAUGUGCGACCAUCCUAUGUGGAAGCCAUCUGGGAUAUUGCCAACUGGAAGGAUAUCUCCAAUCGUUUCGCUGCCGCUUCUAAGAAGUAAAUGUGUUGUUUUGUAUUUUAUCGCAGCCUGUGUCUCUUAUAAGCUUUAAGUGAUUUAGAGAAGACAACUUAUAAAGUGUCCACUAUGUUUGAUGUGCGAAACCUCGUAAUUAACCUAACGUACUCACUGUCAUUAGAUUUUAUUUCCAUUACCACACCGUAGAAUGGAAUAAAAAAUUGAAAAAUGAUUUAUGAAUAGUAAUAAAUACACGCUUAUGCAAGGAUA